UGAGGUGGUACAGGUGUUCCGCGAGCGGCCAGGGAGUGUGAGAGUGAGAGAGGGUAACGAUGUUAUGUUGAGGUGUGUGGUGGAGAACCAGCAGGGACGUGCACAGUGGACCAAGGAUGGCUUCGUUUUAGGGUUUGAGCGUCACGUACCCGGGUACCCGCGCUACCACUACCUGGGAGACGCUACCAGAGGCGAGCAUCACCUAGUCAUCAAGGGCGUGACGCUGGAAGAUGAUGGGGAGUACCAGUGCCAGGUGGGACCCACAGCUACUUCCCUGCCCAUCUGGGCAGCUGCCAACGUCACUGUCAUGGUGUCGCCGACGAGCAUCCGGGUAUUGGGUGUUGGUGAUGGUGAGGCUGUGGAAGUGGUGGCUGGUUCCUCCCUCAUUCUUGAGUGUCUUGUUACGGACGCUAGACCCGCUCCCACCGUCGCCUGGUACAGGGACGCCAUCACUCUGCACCACGGCAUGCACCAGGAUAUCGUGGAGGCUUCCAAACAGCCUAGGAGAUGGAGCGUAAGAAGCCGCCUGCUGCUCCAGCCAGAGCCAGAUGACGAUGGUCAACAGUACUCCUGCCGAGCUCUUCACCCAGCACUCUACCACUCCCCCACCACCCUAGUCGCCUCCGUCACCCUGGCUGUCUUACACCCACCUGGGCCACCUGCCAUCAGCGGGUACACAACAGGUGAGGUUCUGGUGGAAGGGGAGCAGAGAACCUUGGUGUGCCAGGUGGUGGGUGGACGGCCCCGCCCAUGGGUGACCUGGUAUCGACACGGGCGGCCCCUCAACCUGGCCCUCACCCACCUAGUGAGGAUGAACCAGCCUACCACCAGCGCCACCUCCACUACCACAACUACCAGCCCCAACAGCGCAGCUGACGACAGCAGCAGCAGCAGCACACGACCAUCGAGGGUAGUGAGCAUGAUGCAGCUGGUCAGAGCUGUUAGAGCAGAGGAUGAAGCAGUGUACGAGUGUCGCGUCUCCAGUGAUCUCCUCCCGCGACCUCUCACUGCCAAUGUUACUCUCACUGUACACUACUCCCCUGAACGGGUGACCAUCUCAGGUCCAACUGUGGUGGCGGCAGGCCAGCUGUUCACCCUCACCUGCGUCACCUCACCUGCCAACCCUCCAGCCAGCCUCACCUGGCGCCUUCAAGGGUCAGACAUAGGUGGUUCAGGGGCGGGUGUGGUGACGGAAGACCCAGAUGGUGGAUGGGUGACCACAUCUCAUCUCACCCACCACCUGCCCACCACACACCAGGUCAGUCAGACCACAGCAGACUGCCUGGCCACACACCAGGUCACCCACCACAUCCUCAACCACACACACCACAUUACCGUCAUCAAGCGUCCCGGGUGGCCGGUGGUGGAAGUAGAAAUGAAGGAGGGGCGGCAGGUGGUGGCUGGCGACCAGCUGAGUGUUGUGUGCACCUCCACAGGUGGCAACCCUCCUCCAGCGCUGACGAUAUACAAGGGAGGUAAGAAGGUGGGGUCAGAGUUGGAGGUGACUGAGGGCGGUGUGACCCGGGCGAGAGCCGUCUUCCAAGUCAUGCCUGCAGACAACGGUCAACAGGUCACCUGUCAGGUCAGCAACCCGGCCACCAGCACGCCCAUGGCCGCCCACGUCACCAUCUCCCUUAACUUCGCACCGUGGGAAGUGUCUGGCUGGGUGAACCCCAGUAAGGUGGAUGCUGGACAGGUGGCUAUCCUUGUCUGUGAGACAACAUCCAGUGUGCCUCCCUCCACCAUCACUUGGCACUCUCAUGGCAUUCACUUGGCUCACCCCACCGUCACUCACACACACGGACUCUUCGGCGGCACCGCAACAAGGUCCGAGGUGAGGGUGCGGACAGCCGCUGAGGACAACGGAAGAACCUUCAGCUGCGAGGCGGACAACGGCUUAGGAGCCGCCGUCUCUAACAACAUCACACUCAACGUCUUGCACGGGGCGAUGUGGGUAUUGGCUCCGUCAGGGGUGCUGGACGUACUUGAGGGUGCCAAUCUCACACUGAGCGCCCAGGCAACUGCCAACCCUGGACCCGUCAGGUACAGCUGGUGGCGUGGUCCCGGGGCAGUGGAGACUGAGGACCAGGGUGGAGACAGCGGGGAACUACGACUAAGGAAGGUACACCGUCACCAGGCUGGCAACUACACGGUGGUCGCUCGAGCUAACAACUCUGCUCUCAACUCAUCCUUCACCAUCAACGUCUUGUAUGGACCAGAGGAUGUGAUGGCAGCCGAGCGAGUGGUGGUAGAUGAGGAUGGAGCUGCCACAAUAUUAUGCUCAGCAACUGGCAACCCAACACCUAACAUCACCUGGACCAGAGAUGUUGAUAACACCAGCUCAGCGACCUUACUUGCCACGGGCAUGGGCGAAGCUCGUCUAGUGAUAGAGUGGGCAUCGCGAGAUGACACAGGCAUCUACUUGUGUUAUGCCUCCAAUGUUGUGUCCUCCUCACCUCCUGCCUCCACUGCUGUUGUGGUCACGCAAGCGCCUGAGAAUACUGAAGAAGUGGUAGGGCCAUCCAGAGCAGCAGUGGGAGCUACAGCACGCCUGGACUGUCGUGUGAGAGCAGCACCAGCACCAAUCUUCAGAUGGGCCACCAGUGAAGGACAAGUGCUUUCUAACAACAAAAAGUAUUCCAUCCACGUCCCGCAGUUGACGGACCGAGUGAUUGAGUGGUCAUCAAUGCUGGAGAUGAGAGACAUCAACAUCUACGACUACACCAACUACAGCUGUACCGCACACAACUCCCGCGGCUCCUACACUGUGAUCUUCACUCUCAGUUCUCCUGUGGUUCCGUCUCCUCCAAGAUUCUUCAAUAUCACAACUGUGUCUACCAACACUGCCGUCGUGACGUGGAUGAGUGAAAACCUUGGAGCACAACCUACUGGCUUCAAAAUAAAGUACCAGGCUACUGGUGCCUAUGAAUAUGAACUUGUGGAUAUUCCCGGAAGCAACUCAUCAACUACCACCAUCAGAGGUCUAAUUCCUGGCACUGAGUAUUCCUUCAGCAUUUCAGCUUAUAAUGAUAAAGGCUACUCAGACUACAGCUCACCACCCACAGCAAUAACUAUACCUGGCAUGAUGGAGGAAGUGGCCAGCGGCAGUACUGUGGACAGUCAGCAGCCACGAGUACCUCGCUUGAUCCUGCUUCUCAUCUCUCUCACUGGAACUGCCCUUCUUGUCCUCAAUAUCUCAAUAAUUGUUUGCUUUCUGAGACACCGAGCGAUAAAAAGAAAUAUAUCAGCAUCUUCAAGCAAGAUGACUACUUUAGACAUAUACACACCCACUUUUGGAGAUGCUGGCCACUGUGAUGAACUGCCCCUUACAUCAAUGAGUGAUGUCCCUCCUCCUGAGUACAAGUCACUCGAGUGUCAGACAAGAGUGGAUGAAAGUGAUCAAUCCAGUCUCACUGCUCCACACAUCACAGAAUGUCCGGAACCACAUGCCACACCACAUUCACUGAAAAGUACCAAUCCCAGUACUAGAACCAAAAGUCCCCUACUGAAUGGAGGAAUUAAUGUUCAGAGUGAUAGAAUUCCUCCUGAAAAGAGCGAAUUACCUCUCCAAAGCACAGUUAGCAUCCUUGCUUCUACAAGUCCCCGAAAGCAAGAAAAACUAAUUUUAACAGAAAUUGGCACAACAGGCCCUUCCUUGAAACCAGAUGUAUGCCCAAUGACCUCCAACAGUCAUCAUUCUUCACAUCAAAAGAAAGAAUUGCUUAAAUCUUUUUCAGAAGAUGAUGAAAGGUCUGUAUCAUCUGAGCGAAGCAGUGAUUCGUAUGGCUUCUCACCAAAACACAUGCAUGCAACGCUCUCUUCUCCCUGUCAACCACCAAGACAAACCACACAAGUUAUAUAUCAUGGCCAACCUCACAUCCAGCAGCAGUUAGAGCAAGAGCAACAUAACCAAUAUCAACAAAGCUUGCCAUAUUGCAAGCAUUCACAAUCAUCACCACCUAGUCAAGCACAUAUGUCAACAUUACAUUCCAGUUUGAAUCCCUCUCAGCUAUCAACAUCUAGCCCAGGAUGCUGUGAUGUCACCUGUAGACAGUCAUUAAUUACAGAUGUUCCUCUGGGAUAUGUCACCCUACAGCCACGUAGAAGUUGCCUGAAAACAUCGCAGAAUACCAGCCUCCAGCGCUCUCAUUCAGCUCAUAACUACACCCCCAGCAGCACGCACAAUAUUAGCCCCCACCCUUUUAUGGAAAUGCAAACGGAUAUCUGUUGUCAAAAUAGUGACUGCAGCAGCACUCAACUUCAGGGACCACAGCCUCAUAGAAUUGUCUAUGGAAGUGCACAUGAAUUUCCUAUUUAUUAUGCAAGAUCAAGAGCCAUUGGUAAAGGUUGCACUAGACAUAACAGUAUCAGCGGUAAAAUAGGAUAUGGGAAUGCUCCAUACCAAGAUCCAACAUUAUCCACAGUAACGCCUGACAUAUGUAAAGUAGAGCCUUCAAGCACUAAGAGAGUAGGAUGGAAGGAAAAUCUGCAUGACAGUCCAGGGCGAGGAACAAUGGCCUCCAGAGGUUCAACUGAUACCUCCACAUCAUCUACUACCUCCACUGUCACACUGGGUCCAACAAGGUUUUCUCAGCAUUAUGGUAGACAAGAUAGCUCAUGUAAGAGUCCACAAAAUGUAAGCAUGGAUGACCAUAGAUAAGAUUACACAAAAUAGGAAAAUACUAUUAAAAAUGCAGCUGGUAAGGGAGGAAAAGAAGAGCUACUUUAAUGUCCCCUUACAUAAAAAAAGAGGCUGUAUAAUUUCUUACACAUUCCUUAAAAGACUGGCUACUAAAUACAAAACUAAAUUUUCUAUCAUAGAUGAAUAAAAAUCACAACAGCCUCACUGGAAUAAUCCAUAACUAACUCACAAAUUUAAGACGAAACUAUUAUCAUUACAGCCUCUCUUCACUUAGUGACGUACUUGUUUACCAAUGCCUCAGACUUACAACAAGCUCUCUGGCCAGUAUUCAUACCUAAAUAAUGUAUAUUAGAGCUGAUUUCUUCUACUGUUUAUUUCAAUAUACAGUACACUACUGUAUAAACAUUUAAAAAUAUACCAGAAAUGUUAUAAAUGGUGCAAAGGUGACAUUAAAACAAUAUCAAAGAUGGUUGACACAAACUCACUACUAUUAUAGUAUGCUCCUCACUUGGCGACGAAUUUGUUUAACGACAUGGUCUUAGGAACAGAACUCCGUCAUUAAGUGAGAAGAAACUAAACAAUGUUUUGGUUUGACAUUGUAAUAGGUAAGAACAACCUGAAACAUCUAGUUUGAUCUAAAAUUUGUAGAUUAUUUGUAUUUGAUAGGUUAAUUCAAGAUUUUAUGGAAAACAAUCAUCAUAUACAACUUUGGAGUUUUCAACUUCCCCACGUUACAGAAGAAGAGAGAGAUGGUAUUCACUCACCAAGUUAGUUGAGGAACAUCAGCUAAAAAGCUUAGAAUGACAAACUCAUACUGUUGUGUAAAAAAAUAAACUGGCCCAUCUGGUCUUCAAUGGUAAAGAUAUCAUGUGUGAUGCAGAUACCUGGCAGGAUGAUAUAUUUCUUGAGCUGCUUCUUUGGGUGGAAAAAGCAAAAAGCCAAUAGGUGGAUAAAAACCCAUAUAGCAGUGAGGGGGUUGAAGAGGGUUGGAAUAGUUUUAAAAAUGCAGUAUUAGAAUGUGGGGCAGAAGUUUGUGGUUAUAGGAGGGUGGGGGCAGGAGGAAAGAGGAGUGAUUGGUGGAAUGAUGAAGUAAAGGGUGUGAUAAAAGAGAAAAAGGUAGCUUAUGAGAGGUUUUUACAAAGCAGAAGUGUUAUAAGAAGAGCAGAGUAUAUGGAGAGUAAAAGAAAGGUAAAGAGAGUGGUGAGAGAGUGCAAAAGGAGAGCAGAUGAUAGAGUGGGAGAGGCACUGUCAAGAAAUUUUAAUGAAAAUAAGAAAAAAUUUUGGAGUGAGUUAAACAAGUUAAGAAAGCCUAGGGUAAGUAUGGAUUUGUCAGUUAAAAACAGAGUAGGGGAGUUAGUAGAUGGGGAGAUGGAGGUAUUAGGUAGAUGGUAAGAAUAUUUUGAGGAAUGCACCCACCCCCUGAAGGGGUGGGUGAGUUUCAGUGGAGAGGAAUAAAUGGGAUUAGGUCAGGGGUUUCAAAUAGAGUUAGAGCUAAAGAAGAAGUAGCAAUAAUGUUGAAGGGUAAGCUAUGGCAGGAAAAUAGGGACUACAAAUGUAUUAAUUCCUCAGUGGAGAGGAAUAAAUGGGAUUAGGUCAGGGGUUUCAAAUAGUUAGAGCUAAAGAAGGAGUAGCAAUAAUGUUGAAGGAUAAGCUAUGGCAGGAAAACAGGGACUACAAAUGUAUUAAUUCAAGGAUUAUGUGGAGUAAAAUAAAGGUUGGCUGUGAGAAGUGGGUUAUAGUAAGUGUAUAUGCACCUGGGAAAGAGAGAAGUAUAGAGUAGAGAGAGAGAUUUUUGGGAAAUGUUGAGUGAAUGCAUGUGGAGUUUUGAACCAAGUAUGAGAGUACUUGUGGUUGGGGAUUUUAAUGCUAAAGUGGGUAAAAAUGUUGUGGAGGGAGUAGUAGGUAAAUUUGGGGUGCCAGGGGUAAAUGAAAAUGGGGAACCUUUAAUUGAGCCGUGUGUAGAAAGAGGUUUGGUAAUAAGUAAUAAAUAUUUUAUGAAAAAGAGGAUAAAUAAAUAUACAAGGUAUGAUAUAACACGUAAUGAAGGUAUGUAAAGUAAAAGGACACAAGUGUAACUAGUGUGACAUUUUAUUGUGGCAAUGUUACGCUCUCCAGGAGCUUUAUCAAGCCAUUACGAUGGCUUACGUAAUGGCUUGAUAAAAGAGAAAAAGGUAGCUUAUGAGAGGUAUUUACAAAGCAGAAGUGUUAUAAGAAGAGUAGAGUAUAUGGAGAGUAAAAGAAAGAUGAAGAGAGUGGUGAGAGAGUGCAAAAGGAGAGUGGAUGAGAGUGAGUUAAACAAGUUAAGAAAGCCUAGGGAACAAAUGGAUUUGUCAGUUAAAAACAGAGUAGGGGAAUUAGUAGAUGGGGAGAUGGAGGUAUUGGGUAGAUGGCGAGAAUAUUUUGAGGAACUUUUAAAUGUCGAUGAAGAAAGGGAGGCAGUAAUUUCAUGCACUAGCCAGGGAGGUAUACCAUCUUUUAGGAGUGAAGAAGAGCAGGAUGUGAGUGUGGGGGAGGUGCGUGAGGUAUUAUGUAGAAUGAAAGGGAGUAAAGCAGCUCGAACCAACGGGAUCAUGACAGAAAUGUUAAAAGUAGGGGGGGACAUAGUGUUGGAGUGGUUGGUAUUUUUGUUUAAUAAAUGUAUGAAAGAGGGGAAGGUACCUAGGGACUGGCAGAGAGCAUGUACAGUCCCUUUAUAUAAAGGGAAGGGGGACAAAAGAGAUUAUAAAAAUUAUAGAGGAAUAAGUUUACUGAGUAUACCAGGAAAAGUGUAAGGUAGGGUUAUUAUUGAAAGAAUUAGAGGUAAGACAGAAUAUAGAAUUGCGGAUGAGCAAGGAGGUUUUAGAGUGGGUAGGGGAUGUGUAGAUCAGGUGUUUACAUUGAAGCAUAUAUAUUAAUAUAAUUUUUUUUUUUUUUUUAACAAGUUGGCCGUCUCCCACUGAGGCAGGGUAACCCACAAAAAAGAAAAAUCCCCAAAAAGAAAAUACUUUCAUCAUUCAACACUUUCACCUCACUCACACAUAAUCACUGUUUUAGCAGAGGUGCUCAGAACACAACAGUUUAGAAGCAUAUACGUAUAAAGAUACACAACAUAUCCCUCCAAACUGCUAAUAUCUCAAACCCCUCCUUUAUAGUGCAGGCAUUGUACUGUACUUCCCAUUUCCAGGACUCAAAUCCAGCUAUAUAAAAAUAACCAGUUUCCCAGAAUCCCUUCACUAAAUAUUACCCUGCUCACACUCCAACAGAUCGUCAGGUACCAAAUACCAUUCGUCUCCGUUCACUCCUAUCGAAUAGGCUCAUGCACGCCUGCUGGAAGUCCAAGCCCCUCGCCCACAAAACCUCCCUUACCCCUCCCUCCCAACCUUUUCGAGGAUGACCCCUACCCCGCCUUCCUUUCCCUUCAGAUUUAUAUGCUCUCCAUGUCAUUCUACUUUGAUCCAUUCUCUCUAAAUGACCAAACCACCUCAACAAACCCUCUUCAGCCCUCUGACUUAUACUUUUAUUAACUCCACACCUUCUCCUAAUUUCCACACUUCGAAUUUUCUGCAUAAUAUUUACACCACAAAUUGCCCUUAGACAGGAUAUCUCCACUGCCUCCAACCGCCUCCUCGCUGCAGCAUUUACAACCCAGGCUUCACACCCAUAUAAGUGUGUUGGUACUACUACACUUUCAUACACAUUCCCUUCUUUGCCUCUAUAGAUAACUUUUUUUGCCUCCACAUAUACCUCAAUGCACCACUCACCUUUUUUCCUUCAUCAAUUCUAUGCUUAACCUCAUCCUUCAUAAAUCCAUCCACUGACACGUCAACUCCCAAAUAUCUGAAAACAUUCACUUCUUCCAUACUCCUCCUCCCCAAUUUGAUAUCCAAUUUUUCAGCAGGCGUGCAUGAGCCUGUUCGAUAGGAGUGAAUGGAGACGAAUGGUAUUUGGUACCUGACGAUUUGUUGGAGUGUGAGCAGGGUAAUAUUUAGUGAAGGGAUUCAGGGAAACCAGUUAUUUUUAUAUAGCCGGACUUGAGUCCUGGAAAUGGGAAGUACAAUGCCUGCACUAUAAAGGAGGGGUUUGGGAUAUUAGCAGUUUGGACGGAUAUGUUGUGUAUCUUUAUACAUAUAUGCUUCUAAACUGUUGUGUUCUGAGCACCUCUGCAAAAACAUUGAUUAUGUGUGAGUGAGGUGAAAGUGUUGAAUGAUGAUGAAAGUAAUUUCUUUUUGGGGAUUUUCUUUCUUUUUGGGUCACCCUGCCUCGGUGGAAGACGGCCGACUUGUAGAAAAAAAAAAAAAAAAAGGGGGAAACAUACUUUAAUAUUUCAUUCAUAAUUACAGGUAUGAAGGUUUAAUCCAUCUCUCUACACUUGGACUCUGUUCUUGGAUUUUAACUAUGUACCAUCUUUUACAACCACUCUUCCUUAGAAUGACUGAAUUCUGUUUCCAACAUAAGACAAUAUCACCUGAGCCCUUCUCUCAUAUUUUUAAUGACAAUUCCACAAGCAUGCACAAGCAAUGCCAAACUGAUUUUUGCUCAUCUCGAGUGUUAUUAGCAAUGGAUUAUCCAACACAUUUGAAGGAUACAUAAAAUUGCAUAAUACACACAAACUCAAGUGCAAAACAACAACAGGUAAACUUUAGUUACACGAACAAGUAACCGAUGCAGCCUUGCGUACAGAAUUUUAUAUCAUGGGCACUGCCUUCAAAUGGCUGAUGUACAGCAGUUAGAAAGUAACUGUAUACAUAUUUCAAGAGUAAUUUGUGAACUAGAAAUUCUAUGGUAGAAAUGUGUUGUGACUAAGGUGGUUUCUGAAUAAUGGAUAUGUUCAAUUAACUGGAGUUUGCUGUAUGCAAUAACAUUGCCAAAAUGCUUUUCAGUCUGUUGCAGACUGCAGCCUUAUUAUCACUUUUCCAAGUGCACCAACUUUGUCCCUUAUAAUUAUACUCAAAUUUGAGUAUGUGAGAAUCAUUUUGAAUAAAGAAGUAUUAAUAAAUUGAUUUUUUUCCUUAACACAACACCCUAGUUCUAUCAUUUCUUGGAACUUCAAAUAUUUUCAUAAUUUACUUACGUAAUUUUUCAUUAUUCCAAAAGUAAUAUGAUUAUUACAUUCACAGGGGAACACUAAACUCAUCUGAUCCAGGAAAUGGGAGGGUAGCUCCUACCUCCUGGAUCAUGAGCCAUUCACCAAUAUCAAGGCAUUCACUUAAAGUGUAAAUUAGGAAUGAAUGAUUUAAUUCUUUCAAAGAGAAAAAAUGGGUGUAUUAAGAUAUGGCUAACCAAAUGAAUUGUGUGGAAAAACAAAGUUGAGAUGGAACAAUAUAAGAUAUAAUGCACUCGCUGAGUGUCCGUGGUUUGAUCCCAGCAUGGGUGGAAACACUGGGCAUGUUUCCUUAUACCUGCUGUCCCUGUUCACAUAGCAGCAAUUAUGUACCUGAGUUUUAGUUAACUGUUAUGGGACAUCCUGGGGGACAAGAUUAAAGGACCCCAAUGGAAAUAAGACAGACAGUCCAUGAUGACUCACUGACUUUACUGGGUUAUUCUGGGUGG